AAUAUCGCGAACUCCCAGCACUGCUGCGUCGAAGUGCUUUCGCAGUGUACUGUAACCUUGUUUAGGAACAUUGUUGAUAGCAUUGACAGUACUUACAGUAAAUAACGGAACGCAGCCUUUAUCAGAACAAUAAUUACCAUAAAUUACCAAAAACAAAACAAUUAAUAAUCAAGAAUUAACUACUAAGAACAGAAAUAAUAAACUGUAAUAAUGGAAAAAGAAGAAAUUUGUCAAUAUUUUAACAGUAUUAUUAGAAAUGAAACGGAUGUAUCGGCAGGUGUAGCUGCUAUUCGUACUUUAUUAAAAGUUCUGGAACAUUCCAAAUCAGAAACAGUGCAGGAACUUCGAAUUUGCUUACAAGAUGCAAUCGACACAAUAUGUUCUACAGAAAAUCCUAUUACUUCAAUUGCCUCUGGAAGUGAAUUGUUCCUUCGUUUCAUCACAUUAGCAACAUUAGACACACCUUCAUUUGCAGUGUGCAAACGUAUUAUGUUAGGCAGAGGCAAAGUAUUUUAUGAAAAACUCAUUGCUGCACGAGGAAAAAUAGCCAAAGCUGCAGCUCAAUUUAUUACUGAUGGUUCGGUUAUACUCACACAUUCGAAAUCAAGAGUAGUGCUGCAAGCAAUGAAGGAAGCUGCCGUGAGCAACAAGAUAUUUGAAGUAUAUGUGACGUCAUCGUCACCUGAUAAUAGCGGAGAAGAAAUGUGUCAAAACUUAGCAAAACUAGGAAUAUCUUGUACAGUAAUUUUGGAUUCUGCAGUGGGAUAUGUGAUGGAAAAGGUGGAUAUGGUGAUGGUUGGAGCAGAAGGUGUUGCAGAGAGCGGUGGUGUAAUCAAUAAGAUAGGCACAUACACAAUGGCUAUAUGCGCGAGAGAGAUGAAGAAACCAUUUUAUGUUCUGACGGAGAGCUUCAAAUUUGCAAGAAUUUAUCCUUUGAAUCAGGUGGAUUUACCUGACCAGUUUAAGUACACAUCUAGUACCUUAAAUAAAGAUUUAAAAAAAGAACAUCCCUUGGUAGAUUAUACUCCACCCCAAUAUAUCAACCUGUUAUUCACUGACUUAGGAAUUCUAACACCUUCAGCUGUUAGUGACGAACUUAUCAAAUUGUACUUGUAAUUUCAAGAGUGAUUAAGAGUUACUUGCCUCUUUGCCUGCGAAAGCAAAUUACCUUAAGAAGACAAGAAAUUUAGGAGAAGAAAAUGAUAGAUGAUAUCUUAUGAUAUCAAGAAAAUAUCUUAUAUUUUUGUAUAAUUAAUAUACAAUUUUUAUUAAUGUCUUGUAUACAUUGAGUAUUUAUAUAAAAAACAAGAUAAAGUUAAGUAUUUUCUCUUUUUCUUUUAUUGCACAUAUUCUAUGCGAUAACAAUUAAUAAACUCAUCUAUAUAUAGGUAAUUAUAUGCCACAAUGUAAGAUUGAAUUUCUUUAAAAUUCAUCAUUGGUUACUUGUAGAUUCUUAUAUUAUUUAUCCAUAAAAACUGUUUGUAAUUACGUGCAAUGUAUAAACAUAGGUGUCAUUAAAACAAAAAUGUACGAAAACUAAUGCUACUUAAUUUUAAGGCUCUUAAAUAUCUGCCACGGGAUUCUUGAUUGAUGACGUCAAAAGUAAGGAAAUACAUGGUCAAAAUUCCUGCAUAAAGUAUACCGAAAUAAAAAGAUAUCCAAAAUAUAACAUGUUUAAUGUUGAACAAUGUUUAAUCAAUUAAACAUAGCUCUAAAAUACUCCGAACAUCAAUCAACGUCAAUUAAAAUGACCGUCGCAAGUAUCCAGGAGCCUGAACUACAAAAACUUCGUGUUACUAAAAGUGUAAAGGAGAGUGUCAAAAAUGUUGCAAUAUAUAAAUUUUAUACAUUUACAGUA